GGGAAUACUCUGUUCUCCCACUGCGGCUUGCAUGGUUGGUUGCUGGUUGGUUUGAGUUGUUUAACAUUGGGUAGCCCAAAAUGGCUCUCUCCUUCUCCCAUUUCACACUUGUGCUGCUUCUUUCUUGUUUUUCUUCUUCUUUGCUUCUCUGCCAUGGCUUUCCUGCGCUCCACCACCGCCACCACCCUCGUUUUGCCAGUCACAACUACAGAGAUGCCCUCACCAAAUCAAUCCUCUUCUUUGAGGGCCAGAGGUCGGGCAAGCUCCCUUCUAACCAGAGGAUCUCUUGGAGGAGAGAUUCGGGUCUCUCGGAUGGAGCUGCCAUGCAUGUGGAUUUGGUAGGAGGGUACUACGAUGCAGGGGACAAUGUGAAAUUUGGUUUCCCUAUGGCCUUCACUACCACUAUGCUCUCGUGGAGUGUCAUUGAGUUUGGUGGGCUGAUGAAAGGCGAGUUGCAAAAUGCCAAAACCGCCAUUCGUUGGGCUACUGAUUACCUUCUCAAAGCUACUGUGCACCCGGACAUCAUCUACGUUCAGGUUGGUGAUGCAAACAAGGAUCAUUCUUGUUGGGAGAGACCAGAAGAUAUGGAUACCCCAAGGAGUGUUUUCAAAGUAGACAGAAAUUCCCCUGGUUCUGAUGUUGCUGCUGAAACUGCAGCUGCUCUUGCUGCCGCUUCUUUGGUGUUUAAGAAAAGUGACCCCACUUACUCCAAGCUUUUGGUCAGAAGGGCUAUCAGGGUGUUCCAAUUUGCAGACAAGUAUAGAGGAGCAUACAGCAAUGGGUUGAAGAAAAAUGUUUGCCCCUUUUAUUGCUCUUACUCCGGAUAUGAGGAUGAGCUGUUGUGGGGAGCUGCCUGGCUGCAUAAGGCCACCAGGAACCCCACUUAUCUAAACUACAUCCAAGUUAAUGGGCAGACCCUUGGGGCUGCAGAGUUUGACAACACCUUUGGUUGGGACAACAAGCACGUUGGAGCCAGAAUUCUGCUUUCCAAGGCAUUUCUUGUUCAGAAACUGCAAUCUCUCCAUGACUACAAAGGCCAUGCAGAUAAUUUUAUCUGUUCACUCAUUCCAGGGGCCCCUUUCUCUUCAGCACAAUAUACUCCAGGUGGGCUGCUGUUCAAGAUGAGUGAUAGUAACAUGCAAUAUGUGACCUCCACGUCAUUCUUGCUUCUAACCUACGCCAAGUACUUGACUUCUGCCCGUAAGGUUGUGAACUGUGGUGGAACUGCAGUCACUCCAAAUAGGCUACGAAACAUUGCUAAGAAACAGGUGGACUAUUUGCUGGGAGACAACCCCUUGAGGAUGUCCUACAUGGUGGGGUACGGUCCAAGAUACCCACGAAGGAUACACCACAGAGGCUCAUCUUUACCAUCCGUAGCUGCGCACCCGGCUAAGAUUCAAUGCUCGGCAGGCUUCAGCUUCAUGAAUUCAGGAUCCCCGAACCCCAAUAUUCUUGUGGGUGCAGUAGUUGGAGGUCCAGACCAGCACGAUAGGUUUCCGGACCAGAGAUCGGAUUAUGAGCAAUCAGAGCCAUCCACUUAUAUUAACGCACCUUUAGUUGGAGCACUAGCUUAUCUUGCUCACUCGUUUGGGCAGCUCUGAGUCUGAGUCUGAGUCGCAGCAUAUCUCUUUCCAAGUGUUUAGAUUAGGUGUUGGUUUGGUCAAUUUUAAAUUAUAGCUUUAGCCCUAUAGGGUCGAGACCUAAGGCUCGAGCCCCUCAACUCAAACCUUGACGAAGCUCAUUGGUCAAAAGGUAGAAAAUCCUUGUUGCUCUAUUUUCUGUAUCUUUUCAUUUUGUUUUUAAAUUGCUGUGUUAGUCCGUUUUGGGACUUGUAAUAUGUCCAUUAGCGUUUUUAACUUGCAAUUACUAUAUAUAAACUCCGUGUCCGUCUCA